UGGAGCAAGACUUCGGAUGCAUCUGAACAAUUUCUCUGCAUCGAUACCCACUGCUACAAACAUGGCUGUCUCAGUGCUUCGGCUGACAAUUGUCUGGGGACUGCUUGUCUUAAUCCUGACUUGCCAGGCUGAUGACAAACCAGAGGACAAGCCAGAUGAGCAGCCACAUGACUCAGGCAAAAAUUCAGAGCCAGAGUUUCCCAAAUUCCUAAACCUUUUGGGCUCGGAGAUUAUUGAGAAUGCGGUGGAGUUCAUUCUCCGCUCCAUGACGAGGAGCACAGAAUUUUUGGAACAUGGUGAUAAACAAGGAGAACAUUCAUCAAAGUGACUUUCUCAGAGUUGGACACGACUGAAGCGACUUAGCAGCAGCAGUGGCUCAGCAGUAAAGAAUCUACCUGCAACCCAGGAGAAACACAGGAUCAGGAAGACCACUUGGAAAAGGAAAUGGCAACCCAGGGUUGCCCGAAAAAACCCCAGGGACAGAGGAGCCUGGUGAGGUUGCAACAGUCAGACGUGAUUUAGCGAGUAAACCACUACUCCCACCAGUCUUUGCUAUUCUCAUGAACUAGCAGAGUGCCCUUGAGGACACUUGAAAAGAGUGGAUGGAAGAAUUUUGGCAAGUCUAGUGCAGUCUUUUCAUUUCUUCUACAACCUUGUUGCACCGACGGGGGUCCUCAGUGGCCAUUGGUGUGGUUGAACCACUGUCAAAUCUGACCAGCUGAGCCAGGAAGAUUCUCCCAGAAUUAUUUACUGUGGACAGUAGGACAAGACUGGAACCAUAAAGCACAACGACAAUUAUGGCAUUAAUUGCACUCUACAGCUCUACAGCCUAUAGCACUCUAGUCUAGAAAAAAAUCCACGUGCUUCUGUCCUGGAUCCUGUUCUUCCCAAGCAUUACUCCAGUGUAUUUUCAAUAAAUCUUUUGUUUGUUUGUCUUCCUUUAAGCCAGGAUAGGUGUGCAUGCAACACAAAGAAACUCUCAUAAUGCAGAUAGCUAAGCAAAGAGUGAAUACCUACUAAAUACUGAAAAAUGCAUUACUUUCUACCAUAAAUUUAGAUAAUCUACCUUCUGCAUUUUCCAGAGACUUCCAGUUUUUUAUUCCCAAUUCCACUGACAUUUAAUAAACAUUGUGUAAAUUUAAGAUGUACAAUGUGUUGAUUUGAUAGACAUGUAUAUUGCAAAAUGAUUACCAUGAAAAGGUUAGUUAACACAUUCAUGACCUCACAUGGUUACUUUUUUUUUUUAAUUUAUUUUUUGGCCAUGUGCAGCAAGUGGGAUUAGUUCCCUGACCAGGGAUGUACCCCCACACCCCCUGCAGUGAAAGUGCAUUCUUAACCCCUGGACCUCCAGGGAAGUCCAUAUAGUGAGAACUUUUAAGAUCUACUUUCUUAGGAACUUUCAAGUACAUAAUACAGUAAGUAUUAUUAACUAUAGCACCAUGCUAUAUAUUAGAUCCCCAACUUAUAUAUUAUAACUGGAAGUUUGUAAACUUUGACCAGCUUCACCCAUUUCUCUCACCACCUCCUCUGGCCCUGGCAACCACCAGUUUUACUCUCUACUUGAAUGACUUCCCUUUUUUUUAAGAUUUCAUAUAUACGUGAGGUCAUAUAAUAUUUGUCUUCCUUUGUCUAACUUGAGCUUCCCUGAUAGCUCAGCUGAU